AAUGAUACAGAGACAUGCAUGCUUGAGCUCAAUCCUGAUCACGCUCAAAUUAGUAGUGCAUUGGCUGACCAUAUGAAGGUUGCUUUUGGACCAUCAUGGAAAGAGAGUCUAUGUGAAAAGGAGAUAGAUGAGAAAAUUGAUCCAGGGCAACCUGCACUUCUGGUUAUUAGCUUAUCUGCCUUGCGUUCGUUGGACCUUCUCAGAGAAUUGCGGCCUUUGACAAGUGAAUGCCGUGCUGCAAAGCUUUUCUCAAAGCAUAUGAAGAUUGAGGAGCAGGCUUCUGCUCUCAAGAAUCGUGUUAAUAUUGCAAGUGGGACACCAAGCAGGAUUAAGAAGUUGAUAGAUGUGGAGGCACUUGGCCUAUCUCGACUAGCUGUGAUUGUGCUGGAUAUGAAAACUGACACAAAGGGCUAUUCACUGUUGACACUGCCUCAAGUCAGAGAUGAGUUCUGGGAUUUGUAUAGGAACUACUUUCACCAACGAGUACUGGAAGGUGCAUUGCGGAUAUGUCUUUAUGACGAAAUACCAGUUAACAUUAAAAAAGAGAAGAGCAAUCAAGAUGAGUAGCCUCUUCAGGACCGAUACGAGAAUACUGUACUAUCGUCAUCCAAUCCAUUUUGACAUUUUUGUAUCGCAAAUUCGUGGUAGAGGAUAUACAGAAGCAGAAUUUCUGUAGGUUGUGUUGUUUAGCAAGGUAAAUUUUUCAGGUAAAAUAUGAUUCGAGUUCAAGUAGCCGUCUUUUGGAUAGAUCUUUAAAGGAAUUGGUUUUUUAAUUUUUAAUUUUUGUGAGUUCUUUGUGUAGCGAUAACUAGUUUACUAACUUAAGUGAUCCAAUUUUUAUGAUAUGCGAUGGUGAGUUUAAUGUCUAAA